GACCCUCCAGUUUGGGGUGUUGCCAUCUCAUUCAUCUAGAAACCUCCAUCGUUACGAGAAGCACUGGUAUAUUUCCUUUAACAUAUCUACCUAACUUCAUAAACAUGUCUUACUGUAAAGUGUUGCCCGCUGUGGCCAGAGUAAAGCCGGCUCAUCUGUUUGGCGUGAGGCUCCGCUCCACAGCAGCAGCAUCCACGCAGCACAAAGAGCCGAAGAGCGAGGACGCGCCGCCGGAUCCGUCCUGCACCGUGCUGGAGAAGCCCUGCGAGGUGGAGCUCAUCAGCCGCAGAGCGCACACGGAGCGCCAGAGGAUCUCCAUCGACUUCGACAACACACAGGAAGCCUACAAGAGCAAAGACACGAUGGAGCUCCUCAGGAGUCUGCUGGUCUUCAAACUCUGCACCAUUGACUUCCUGGUUGACAAAAAUAAAGAGUUGAUGGAUCUCAGCAAGAAGGUUCUUGGUCAGCGGCUCUUCGAGAAACUGAUGAAAAUGACCUUCUACGGGCAGUUUGUGGCAGGCGAGGACCAGAACGCCAUCAAACCUCUGAUCGAGAAGAACCAGGCGUUUGGCGUGGGUUCGGUUCUGGACUACAGCGUGGAGGAGGACCUGACUCAAGAAGAGGCUGAGAAGAAGGAGAUGGACUCCUGUGUUUCUGAGGCUGAGAAAGAGAGUCAUGGUAUGGAUCAUCGUGAGAAGAAGUACAAAGCUCAUCGUCAGUUCGGAGAUCGGCGCGGAGGAGUGAUCAGCGCUCGCACGUAUUUCUACGCAGACGAGGCCAAGUGUGACCAUCACAUGGAGACGUUCAUCAACUGCAUCAAAGCUUCCGCUGGAAGCUCUGUGGAUGGAUUCUCGGCCAUUAAGAUGACGGCACUGGGCCGGCCGCAGUUCCUGCUGCAGUUCUCCGAGGUGCUGGUGAAGUGGAGGAGGUUCUUCAAUCUGUUGGCGUCUCAUCAGGGGAAGGACGGCAUGGCGAUACUCGAGCAGAAGCUGGAGCUCGAACAACUGCAGGACAGUUUGAUCAAACUGGGAGUUGGUGCAAAAUCAGACAUUGAGAACUGGUUUACUGGAGAGAAACUGGGUUCAUCAGGAACCAUUGAUCUGUUGGACUGGAACAGCCUCAUCAAUGACACAACCAAGAUCUCCAACCUGCUGGUGGUGCCCAACAUGGAGAGCGGUCACCUGGAGCCUCUGUUGAGCAAAUUCACUGAUGAAGAGGAGAAACAGAUGAAGAGGAUGCUACAGAGAAUGGACGUCCUCGCCAAGCACGCUGUGGAGAACGGCGUGAGGCUGAUGGUGGACGCAGAACAGACGUAUUUCCAGCCGGCCAUCAGCAGACUCACGCUGGAGAUGCAGAGGAUCUUCAACAGAGAAAAACCCAACAUCUUCAACACUUACCAGUGCUACCUGAGAGAGGCGUAUGAUAACGUGUCGGUGGAUGUGGAGCUGUCGCGGCGGGAGGGCUGGUACUUCGGUGCGAAGCUGGUCAGAGGAGCGUACAUGUAUCAGGAGAGAUCUCGCGCAGCAGAGAUCGGAUAUGAAGAUCCCAUCAACCCUGACUACGAGGCCACCAACAGGAUGUACCACAAGUGUCUGGAGUACAUUCUGGAGGAGAUCAACCACAACAGGAUGGCAAACGUCAUGGUGGCGUCUCACAACGAGGACACGGUCAAAUUCACGCUGGAAAAAAUGAACGAGACGAGUCUCUCUCCCACCGAGAAUAAGGUUUACUUUGGACAGCUGCUGGGAAUGUGUGAUCAGAUCAGCUUCCCGUUGGGUCAGGCGGGAUUCCCGGUGUACAAGUAUGUGCCGUACGGCCCGGUGAACGAGGUCAUCCCGUACCUGUCACGCCGAGCGCAGGAGAACCGCGGCUUCAUGAAGGGUUCGCAGAGAGAGCGCAGCCUGCUGUGGAAGGAGCUCAAGCGCAGACUCUUCAGUGGACAACUGCUCUACAAACCUGUCUACUAAACCUCAACAUCAGCUGCAUUUAACAUAUGGACCUCUUUCUCUGCUGCAGAGCAUAACCAUGUUAGUGUGGGAAAAUCAUCACAGAAUGGACAUUUUAUAGGUUUUAUAGUUCGUCAUCAGUGGCUGUAAAAUAAACUGGAGUUAAAGACAACAUGAAAUUGCAUUUGCAAUGCCUUUAACUUCUGCAAUGUGACGUGAAACAAUGAAACUUUAUCUGAUGAAAAGCAAACCUUUAGAAAUAUAUUGUUUUUAUAGAUCGAUAGAUAUUUUUUCCAAUGAAAAAGACAUUUAAAAAUACUUUUUAUUUUAUUUAUCCCACACACCCCAUUAUCCAAUUUAAUAUAUUUUAUUUUAUUCAACAUAACUCAUUAACUGAUGAAAUGCACAAAUUUAAUUUUUUUUUUAAUUCCACAAACCAAAAAUAUUUUUCUUAAUGUAUUUAUCCCAUCCUACCCAUUAUCUGAUUUAAUAUAGAUUAUAUUUUAUUCCACAUAACCCUUAAUCCAAUGAAAAUUGAACAAUUAUAAAAUAUAUUUUUUCUCUGGCUUUUUUUUAAAAAAUGUAUUCAUUUGUAUUUUUCUUAUUUUAUCCUACAUUAUCCAGUUAAAAGCAAAAAAAAAAAGAAAAAUAUUUUUGUAAAAUAUAUUUGUAUUUUAUAUCGACAACAUAAUUUAUUAUCUGAUUAAUAACUUUUUUUUUUUUUUUAAUUAAGUUUAUUUUAUUUUUGUAUUUAAUUCCACAACAAAUUGUCAGAUGAAAUGCAAACAUUUAAAAAUAUAUAUUAAAUGUUUAUUUUAUUAAACAGAAAAUGAAACGAUGUUCAGUGGGAAAUAUACAGGACAGGGGCCAGUUGCAUAAACUUAAGACUGCGUGUCUUACUUUUUGUAUUCAAUGUAGACUUCAUUGUUUUUAUGUAACUACAUUAAAAACAUAUGACCAGUCUUUAAGCAGCAGGCCCCAGGACUUUAACUGGGUGAGACAUGUUAAGUUAUGAUGUUAACUUAAGUUACAUGAACAGAACUGAAAGUUAUGUCAGAUAUGGACGCGUUAGUAGGACUGUAAAUGGACUGAUUUCAUGUUGUCUUUAAAUCUGCUCUUAAUCAUUCCCCUGUGUCUCGACAUCACUGCUUAUGUUUGGAAUAGCAUACCAUCAUACCACUCGUAUUAUGUUUACAGUAUGUUCACCACUGAACCAGUAUCAGCUAAAACAUCUGUAUUUAUUUCAAAGAUCCCAUGCAGCACAGUAAGAUCAUGUAACAAUAAUGUAACGCACUACUGGUUAAAACUCAUUGCAUACCGUUUUAGGUUUGACCUGAUUAUUUCUGACACACAUAGAGUAUUUUCAUACUGACAAUGAAGUGUUAUUUUUUUUUAUGUGUUUCAUAGUUUCUUGAUCAUGCAAUUUUAAAUGUCUAUUAUCAGAUGAGUUCAGCACAUUUUUAGCACUGGGUAUUCUGUUAACCCUUUGUUUGGCUCCUUUUAAAUGUAAGUUUGAGUUUGAAAAUGAGUUUGGAUGAAGUGUUCAUGUGAACCUUUCAGCUGUUUGAAAUAUUUACUGCUCUUAUUGUUAUGUAAAUAAUGAAAUGUGUUUAUAUGAUAUAGCAACACCAGCUCUCAGUUCUCACGCCUAGAUGAUUUUAGACACUUUUGCACUGUUUCUAACUGAAUGAAAUGAAAAUGUAUGGGUGUAUGAAAACAUGUCCAAUGUAACAAUUACUAGAAAUAUUGACCUAUUUGUUGGAGUUUGUCAUUUUGAUGUAUAGUUAUGUCAUAAACUGUCAAAAAUUAUAUUUUAAAAAUGCAUGCACAAUAAAUAACCAGGUCUCACAGGCA